UUGUUGCUAAGCAACAUUCCAUAAUCCAUGAGGUCACAGAGUAGCACCUGCACUGAAGAGAGAGAAAAGAAUAUGGAGCGUUCAGAGUUCCUCUGAACUUUGUGCGAUUAAGACGUUUGUUGUAGUUGCUCUUAUCAAGAGAAGAACAUGAGUAAGUUUUUGAGUGCGCUUGAUGCUGAUGUAGUGGACCUCCCACAGCGUCCCCUGACGUUCACGGACGGACAAGGCGAUGGAAAGAAAACAACAUCGGACCCCGAGGUCCCAACUGAAGACCCAGUGUGUGACUGGGCCACGGAACCGGCUCUGCUCCAACCCACAGAGGUUCCUCAGGACCAGGUCACGGACGUUGUGACUCAGGCUGAGGAGAAGAUUCAGAAGCUUGUGGUGUCCAAUACUCGGCUCGAGGACAGAGUUAGGGAGCUGGAGGAACUGCUCUGUGAGGCACGCAGAGAUGACCUGAAAAGCAAGGUCUCCCUGACUAAGGCUGAGGAGUCCAUUGCUCAGUGGAAGGUGGAGAAGGCCAACCUGACCAACCAGGUGAAGACACAGCAAGGAAAAGUGCAGUACAUGGAGCACCUCCUCUGUAAGGCUCACAGGUGGUCUGUUGAUCGAAUCAAUGUCGUUCUGGCUGAAGAUGAGGAGAAACCCCAGAAGGCUGUAGAGACCAUCGCUCAGUUUGAGGUGGAGAAGUCUGAGUUUCAGAUGAAGAACGAGGAGAUGAAGAAGUGUCUGAUACAGACAGUGGAGUCACUGAAGGUCUCUCUGGCUGAAACUGAGGAGAAACACCAGAAGGCUAUGGAGACCAUCGCUCAGCUUGAGGUGGAGAAGUCUGACCUGAAAGACCAGGUGGAGCCACUGGAAGUGGCACUGAAGGACGUAGAGAACCUGCUAUCCGAGAAUUACAGCUGGGCGGCUGAGCUAAUCAAUAAGCAUCAGAUGAACAACGAUGAGGUGAAGAAGAGACUGAUACAGACAGAGGAGUCACUGAAGGUAUCUCUGACUAAAGCUGAGGAGAAACACCAGAAGGCUGAGGAGACCAUCGCUCAGCUGGAGGUGGAGAAAUCUGAACUGAAAGACCAGGUGGAGACACUGCGAGAGACAGUGCAGGAUGUGGAGAACCUGCUGACUAAGGCUCGCAGCUGGGCUGCUGCUCUAAUGAUUGAGCAUCAGAUAAAGAAGCAUGAGAUGAAGAAGAGUCUGAUAAGCACAGAGGAGUCACUGAAGGUCUCCCUAACUGAAGCUGAGGAGAAACACCAGAAGGCUGAGGAGACCAUCGCUCAGCUUGAGGUGGAGAAGUCUGACCUGAAAGACCAGGUGGAGACACAGCGAGGAACAGUGCAGGACUGUGAUGAGUGACUCACUGCGAUGAGCUAAGAGACAAACAGGCAUACUCUUGGAUCCCAGGAGACGAGUGCUUGAGGCAGAAGGUAGUUGAACAGAAAUGGAUCCCCAGCAGAAUCAACAUGAUGGGGUAUGAGGGGUGAAAAUAAAGUAACAUAAUUUAAUGUGAAGUAAAAAGUCAAGCUGGUCUUAUAUAGGUGAUAAACACUGCCCCCUGGGUUCCCAGUGCCGGUCUUAUAUAGGUGAUAAACACUGCCCCCUGGGUUCCUACAAAGUGCCGGUCUUAUAUAGGUGAUAAACACUGCCCCCUGGGUUUCCUACCCAGUGCCGGUCUUAUACAGGUGAUAAACACUGUCCCCUGGGUUUCCUACCCAGUGCCGGUCUUAUAUAGGUGAUAAACACUGCCCCCUGGGUUCCCAGUGCCGGUCUUAUAUAGGUGAUAAACACUGCCCCCUGGGUUUCCUACCCAGUGCCGGUCUUAUAUAGGUGAUAAACACUGCCCCCUGGGUUCCUACCCAGUGCCGGUCUUAUAUAGGUGAUAAACACUGCCCCCUGGGUUUCCUACCCAGUGCUGGUCUUAUAUAGGUGAUAAACACUGCCCCAUUACUUUUGGCAUGUGUGUUUUGUUAACAAGUCAAUAUUACUGACAAACCAGGAAGCAUGCACUCAGGCUUUGAGCUCGUGCUUCGGGUUACGUCACCACGCCACGCCGUUUUUCUUUCCAGCUUGAUUUUAACUUCACAUCUUUUCACCCUUCAUACCUCAUAAGCUUCAUGGAUAAAUACAAGCAAGAAAUCAAACACAAAGACAGAAAGAACUCUUAAGUGUAUUUACGAAAAAUGAAAUGCAUUUGUCAUAAAGAAAUACUAAAUAACUAAAUAAAUGUGUGUCUAUGGAACAGUU